AUGUCCAAACCAUUCCAGCCCAUAAGUGACAUAAUCAAUACUUCUAGCUCUAGACACAAGCAACAAUCAUUCAAUGAAAUCUAUGGAGAACCAGAAAACUUUCUCGAAAUAGAAGUACGCAAUCCAAGAACAUACGGAGUUGGACGUGAUAUAUUCACAGAUUAUGAAAUCGUUUGCAGAACAAAUAUUCCAGCAUUUAAAAAGAGAAAUAGUCGAGUACGCAGAAGAUACUCUGAUUUUGAAAGAUUUAGAAAGAUUUUGGAACAAGAAACAACACGUGUUAUAAUACCACAAUUACCAGGUAAGAUAUUAUUAAAUUCUAAUAAAUUUAAUGAUGUUAACAUUGAAAAAAGAAGACAAGGACUUGAAAAAUUUAUGAUAGUUGUUAGUGGACACCCACUUUUACAAACUGGAUCCCGCACAUUAAUUGACUUCAUUCAAGACGAAAAAUGGGAAGCUAAGGGAUUCUAUUAAACCACAUAGAAUACGUCAUGUCUAGCAGGGUUGUAUAACCGCACUAGUAGUUAUUGCAUAAUAUAAAAUAAAAGGAAAUAUCCAAAAGAAAUGUAGAUUUUUGAAUAAUUAUGAGUUCACAAAAAUCUACCAAAACAAUAUAAUUAAUAUUGAUUGUACUUGAUCAUUCAUUCUCAAUAUUUAUUGUUGAGUAGCUUUAAUGGACUUAAGAUUAAGAGGGGGAGAUUUUGUUAGGUCCGAGAUUAAUUAAACACAAAGACAAAGAUGUUUUUUUUUUUUCAAAAUCCAUACAAGCGCAUACGUUAGUUCUCCACAAAUCUGACGUACUAUUUCCCCAAGCUCCAUCUUCCCCAAAUCUUUAAGGUAUCGAUGUGCGUCUCACAUUGAAAUAAAGUGGGGGUAAACGGGGGAAAAAAUAAAAAAUCCAUCUGGUUUACUCGGCCAAAUCAUUGUACUCCGUUCCUAGCUCCGAAACUCGGAAUUUUCAUCUGACACUCAUAUUGAAUCAUCUCGGGUAAAAUCAAGUUCAAGCUAGAUGAUCCGUUUUUUUUUAACUCAAUUAUUCCCCUAUUUCA